UCAUUAAAAUGGUCAGUUAAUUAUUUCAAUUAUUAUAUUGGAUAGUAGUAAAAAGAAAUAUGUAAUCAUCUAUUUAAUUUCAGUACCAUCAUUUGCGCGGUAUGGGUGCUAAAUUACGCGGUUUUGUACACAUGUGCUUCAAAGAGUCAAUGAAAGACGAGCUUGUGUGCAAAUUUACAUGGCCUGGUGGUUCCGAGACCGAAAAAUUUGGUCAUACCAAACUCGUCAAAAUAAUGUACGAUGCAGCACAGAGCUACCCCCUUUUUGAGGGACCAUUAAACAAAACUGUAUUUAAAGCAGAGGUCCAAGAAGUUUUAAGGGCAGUAAAACAGCGCGUAAAAAGUCAAAAAAAUAAAAAUAAAAAUGAAGCCAGCAAUGGAAAAAAAGCAAUGAUGGAUGUGAAACACCAAACAAUCAAAAUUAAAAAUUAAAUUAUAUAAAUCUUUACAACUCACAGUUUCUUUGUAACAGUUGAUAUUCGAAAUCUACUUAUAAUCGUUUGUUAUAAUUUACAUUUAAUAUUAAGGUACAUAUUAACACGUUAAAAAAUGUGUGCAUUUAAAAGAAUACAUGUGAUUUAGUGCAUAAUCUACAGUUAAAGGGAAUCUUUUAGAAGUUGUAAAUAUUUUAAUUAUUGUGUCAUUUAUAAAAUUGACAUGAGCAAGUUGACCAUAAUGACAUAUGACUCGGCUCAUUGUUACAGCAAUAGAAAAACACUGUUUGCAAACGAAACAGUGCACGUUCAAACGGAUAAUAAAAAAAUUAGGUCUAUCAAUGAUACAUAUAAGAAAAAUACGAGUUUAUGGUUAAUUAUAUUCGUGCGACAAAGCAGAAUAUUACAUACGCAUGC